AAUUCAAAAGAAAGACGUUUGUAUGUUGACUCCUCACGAAGGAUUUAGAAACCGUCCUGUGCAUUUGUUAUAAGAUGUUUAAGUGAUAUAUUUACAAUUAUAUUCAUGUAUAGAACAAGUAAAAUAGUGAAUCAACAUAUCUGCAAACGUUAUAAAUAUUCGAAUUGUUGUUAGUUAAACUUUUCAGUGACAAGAAACAAGACAAAAUGACUGAUUUUACAAAUGGAGAUGAUACAUUACAAUCAAUGGCAGUGGAAAAUAUUUCCAGUACGAUUAAAACAGAUUUGAAUCGAUUGUACAAUAUAUGGAAAGAUAUUGGUCUUAAUGAUGAAACUAGGACUUUAUACUGUCAAGAAGUUCACAAACACAUUAAAGAAUUGAUGAGUGAAAUGAUUUUUGAAUUGGAAGAGAAAAAGAAUUCUCUUCUACAAGGAGUGCAAAAUUUAAUGGAAUUAGCAAAUACACUUGCUAAGGAAUUACAAAUGGAUGAUAUUCCUGGCACAAAUCCAGAUUAUGAACACUUGCCUCUUAUUGAAAUUCAGGAAAAAUUGAGAACACAAGUUCAUGAAUUGCAAAGAAUGAAAGAUAGUCGUCUCGAAUAUUUAAAGGAACUUCGAUUGCGGGAGGAAGUUGUUUGUAAAAAACUUGGCACAAAACCCAUUGGCUUGAGCAAAGAAAUGCCUUCUGAGGAAGAUCUCAAGCAAUUCGACGAUUACUUGGAAAUUCAGGAACGUGAAAAGAUUCGUUUGGAUGCAUUAUUUAAAGAUUUGCGUAGAGCCAUUAUGAAAUUAAUGGAUGAAUUACAAAUUUCACCUUCCUUGGAUUUUGAGAGAAUUGUUUGUAAUGAUUAUGAAAAUUUUAUAUACACUGUUGAAAAUAUGACAAAAUUAAAAGAAGUGAGAAAUGACUUAAAGGCUCAGGUGGAAGAUGCAAAACAGCAAAUUAUUGAGAAAAAAAAUGAGCUCCAAGCUCUUUGGAAUUAUCUUGAUGAACCUGAUGAAUAUCGUGAAUCUUUCCUUUUAAAAUAUCCAGGUCAUACAGUCACAACUAUUUCUGCAUUUAAUGCAGAAAUAAAACGUUGCAAAGAUAAAAGAUGUGAAAAUAUUGGAAAAUAUAUAUUAAAAGUGAGAGAGGAACUGGAAGUAUUGUGGGAUUUGUGCCAAUUCAGUGAAUCUCAAAGAUGUUUUUUGCCAUUUUAUUCGCAAACUUACACUGAAGAUUUGCUCACACUCCAUGAAUUAGAGGCAGAAAAACUGCGUAAAUUUUACAAAUCAAAUAAAAAGAUAUUCGAUCUUCUCGAGGAACGAGAAAAUCUUUGGGAGAAAAUGAAGGAGCUUGAUCAAAGAGCAAACGAUCCCGACCGUUUUCAUAACCGAGGUGGCCAAUUAUUAGCUGAGGAAAAAGAGAGAAAAAAUACAACAAAGAAAUUACCGAAAAUUGAAGAGCAAUUGCUUCAAGCAACAAAAGAAUAUGAACUCGAAUGUGGAAAAAUGUUUAAAAUUAAAGGUGUUUCCGUUAAUGAAUAUUUGGAUCAAAGUAAAGCAGAUUACGAGAAGGAGAAAGAAAAUGUGAAAAUAGCUCGUAAACAGGCAAAAGAUAAAUCGGCAAACAAAUCGGGCAAAAAAACGCCUCUUAGCACAUCGAAACGAACGCCAAUUGGAAUGAGUAUUCAUGUGAGAACGCCAACUGUAACGGGGGCGAAAAGAAAAUUGCCAUACGACUCAUCUCCUAACAGUACCACACUCUCAAAAAAACGCAAUAUGAGCGGUGAAAAAAAUCGAACUGCUGUGAUAUCAACCAAGGCGAGACGCAGUGGGAGAAUAUCGAAAAAAAAUUUAUUGAGUAUUAAUAAAACUAAUACGCCAAAAUCGGGUAAAAAACAAAAACUAAAAGCUGAUGGUUGUAAUAAAGCGAAUCUCAGUAUUUCUUCAUAUGGAAAAUUUCAAGAACACUUGGAACAAAGAGAAGAAUUACGAAGUUCCAUAUUGUCAGAACAAUUAUUGGAACAUGCAUUUGAUCGUGGUACUAAUAUAAAAACACCAGUACGAACACCAGCUAGACCGUUGCGUAAAAAUUUACUCUCAGUAAAUAAUGCACAAUUAACACCAAGAUCUGUGGCAUCAACAUCCCGAACAUUAACACCACGAACACCACGAGUUAUGCACACACCGCGUUUAGCAACUGUGCCCAAUAAUAAACAUUGUAUUUUUUAAAAUAUCACCUUUUUUUUAAAGUUUCUAACAUUACACAAUUUUUAACAUCAUUUAAACGAAUAUAAAUAUAAUUAGAAAAACAGCAUAAUUAAAUAAAGGCUCUCUUUUAUUUGUUGUGAUCGCGAGCUAAUAAAAAAAAAAUGCAAGUGCAACAUCAUUUUAGUUUCAUAUUUUAAUAUUGUUUUUAUUUUUUAAACGGAAAUUAAAGUCAGUAAAAAAUUUUUCUUUUUUUUUUUUUUUUUCUUUGGUUAAUACUCAUUAAAGGUGUAUAUUUUUCUAAAAUUUAGAUAACAAUUUUAUUUCGAUGGUAUAAUACUGUGAAUGUGAAUGCGUUUAUUAAUAUUCUUAUUUUUUUAAAACAUAUUCAGUUAUGGAAAUGAAAUUUAUAAUUUUUUGUAAAAGUUUGUCGGCUUGAUGUCGAAUGCGAAAUGCAUUUAUUAGGUAUUUUUAUUUGUACUUACUUAACAAUAUUAAUAGUUAUAUUAUUUUAUUUUAUUUUUGCUUUAUUAAUACGUUUUCAUUGGCAAUAAUUAUUUAGAUAAUAAAAGAUCAAUUUUCAAUUGAUUAUUUAUUUGAUAAACUUCUAGGAGAACGUGUUGUUGUUGUUUUUUUUUUUUUUUUUUAAAUAUUA